AUGUGUGAAGUGAUUUCUACAUUAGCCGAUUUUAAGCUUAAGUUAAAUGAUAACGAAAAACCGGGAGAAAUUCUAAUGAAAACUUUAGAUCGUCGCGGAUUCACUGCACAACAAUUCAGACAAUUUUUGAAAAUAGCACUGAAUACAAAGCCAAUUUUAACAUACUACAAGCCACAGAGUAAAGUGGCGAUAUUAAUAGGAAAUGAUAAAUAUAAACAUUUGUCGAAACUAAUAACACCUUCAAUGGACUGUGAUUCAUUGGCGUCAAACUUGAAAGUUUUAGGAUUCCUCAUAGUUACUUUAAAAAAUUUGUGUAUCACAGAUUUAAAAAGAAAUUUGUCAAGGAUAUUUGACCUGAUUCCAGAGGAUUCCUACUGUUUUAUUUUUUAUGCAGGACAUGGCUGUGAACUAUGCAAUACAAGGUGUAUACUUAGCAUAGACUGCCCUGUUGAGGACAUAACCAUUGAUGACUGUAUUACAGAGAAUUGGUUACUUAAAGAAGUGGCAUUAUGUAAGCCCGACUUGUGCAUUUUGAUUUUGGACAUGUGUGGAAAUUACUUGGACAGAAACAUAAACCCGCAGAUCUACGCAGCGCUCCCCACAAUAGAGGAGUACAAUAUCCAUCGCAAUCUGCUCGUCAGCUAUUCGACGCAGUCGUCGGCGGCCGCUUACGAGCUACUGCAGAUCGAAUGUUCCACGACCAUCGACGGCACAUACGAAGUUAGGACCGGCGACACGGAGCGCAUCGUUCCCGGCUCUAGUUUAUACGUGAACGCCCUGUGCACAAGAUUAGUGGAGAAUCUGGACGUGAGCUCUCUGUUGGAUAAAGUACAUGCAGAUGUAGAAUGCUGUAUAAAGAGACAAAGACCAAUAAAAAUGCAAUGUGGGGUUUCUAAGAGAUCACUCUAUGAUCCUGUUAAAGGCGAUGUUGAUGCUAUUUUAAAUAAUCUUAAAGUAGCACUGGAAGAACACAAAGACAAUUGUGCUGUAUUC